CUUUUUUCUUUUUUUGGCCUCCUGGUCACUCCCAUGGAUGCUUAUAAAUCCAGUGUUGACUUUGCAGAAGCAACAGUUUUCUGUCUCAUGCAUGUUAUGAGCAAGACAAGAUGGCAUUGAGAGCUACGCUGAAGAACAAGAGCAUCUUAUCAGGUCUUCUCUCCCGGCUGUCGUCCUGCAGCAGUCAUGGCAGAGUGUGUGUGUCUCCCGUCCUCGUCGCUCAGAGGAGGAACAACUCCACCUCACCUAAACUCAAAGUGGAUUUUAACCAGAGCACGGGUGUGGCGGUGAUGCACAUGCAGAAUCCGCCAGUCAACAGUCUCAGUUUAGGUUUCCUCACAGAGUUCUGCAUCGCCAUGGAGAAGCUGGAGAUGGAUAAGAGCUGCCGGGGCCUCAUCCUCACCUCGAGCCAGCCUAAAGUAUUCUCAGCCGGGCUGGACAUCAUGGAUAUGUACGGGAAGAAACUAGAGCAGUAUGAAGAGUUCUGGAGAGCUGUUCAGGAGAUGUGGCUGAAGCUCUACAGCUCCAACAUGGUCACUAUAGCUGCGAUCAAUGGUUCCAGUCCUGCAGGUGGCUGUCUGAUGUCUCUUUCGUGUGACUACAGGAUAAUGGCGGACAACCCUCGUUACAGCAUCGGCUUUAAUGAGACGCAGUUUGGCAUCGUAGUACCUGUUUGGUGUAAGGAAGCCAUGACGACCAUAGUGGGCCACAGAAACACAGAGCUAACUCUGGAGUUGGGGCUGCUCUACAACCCUUCAGAUGCCCUGAAGAUAGGACUGGUGGACCAGCUGGUACCUGAAGACCAGGUCCUCGCCACAGCCACAAAGACCAUGACCAAGUGGUUGGCUAUUCCAGAUCAUGCCAGGCGGAUCACCAAGUCCAUGAUGAGGAAGCCAACCAUCGACAAGAUAAUGUCCAUCAGAGAGGCUGACAUGCAGCAAUACAUCAGCUUCAUCAGUAAAGACAGCACUCAGAAGAUGCUCGGCACAUAUCUGGAGAUGCUCAAGAAGAAGAGGGGCUAGAGGAAACUUUGGGAGUGCAGCUGAAACAAACCAUCUGUUCAUUGUUGUCAAAGAUCCUUGAAUACAGCUCAUCUGAUUUAAAAUGACUGUACACUAAGCCCUGACCACUACUGUACCUGAAAAGCAUUUACAACUGCAAUCAUCAUUAUCAUCAUCAUCAUCAUCAUCAUUCAUCAUCAUCAUCAUCACCAUCGUCAUCAUCAUCAUCACAAUCCAAUUUAAGGAUGGUGGUUGCGGGAGAUGGGGUGGACUGUACCUCAUGACUAGGUUGUGUUCUAGAUUUCACUUGAGAAGGUGCAGACCGAACACUGGGUCAUACUGGGCAUUUGAAAAUGACCAGCCUUCUCCCUACGUCGCUCACGCAGGCAGUUAUCCAGUUAUCCAGAGUCAAAGUCAUUCAUCCUUGGUUGCUCACAGAGUCCAUUCAAAAACACGCCCUGAAGAGCUUGGUCAUUCCACCCAGCAUCUGCUGCCAAUGUCCUAAACUCCACCGAGUAGUCAGUCACACUUCUUAGGCCCUGGCGAAGAUUCAACAGUCGUUUUGAGGCAUUCCCACAGUGGUCAGGGUGAUCAAACAUAUUUUUCCACAAACUCCUCCAUAGUAAAAGUGGUAACUGACUGAUUCGAAUUUACAGAUAGACAGAUAUCAGCAUGAAACUUCCAGUUAAUUACUCUUACGAUGAAUCAGUUUUUGUUUUUUGUGAUCAGUAUCAAUAUUUGUAUCUGUACCAGUAUUGUUAAAACUGUAAUAAAAAGUAACAUAUGAAAUUGAAAA